AUGGCCACAAAAAAAGAUGUUGAAAUUUUACAGAGUGAAAUUAUAAAAAAAGAUUUAGAUAUAAAAUCAAAAAUAUCAAGUAUUAUGUUUCAAAAGUUUGACACCAAACUUGAUUUACACAAAUAUAUGAAAGAUAUACAAGAAUUGAUAGAAAGUCAACAGGGACUUGUUACAAAGUUUGAAGAUAUAGGACAGUCUUUUUUUUAUGGUACAAAUAAAAAGUCAUUCUUAGAAAAUGUGGUAGAGUAUAAAAAAGAAUGUGAUUCAAAUAGGGUAAAUCUUCGAAAAUCAAUGAUUAAAGCAACAAAACAAAUUGAAGAAGAUACUAAGAAUCAACUAUUCACAUCAAAUAAUAGUAAUAUUUCACAAAAAAAGAAUCGUGAACGCAAUUUAAAACUUCAAAGUGAAGAAACGAUGCAAUUAAUGCAAAAUCUUCGUCAAAGAUUAGUGAAUCAGGUACAAUUAUCAGAAGAAGCUACUGAUAUUAUUGUCAGUUCUUCAGAUGUCAUUGUUAGAACAAAUGCACAAAUGGAUACUGUUGGAAGUCAUAUAAAAAGUGGUGGUGUUUUAAUUAGACGUUACGGAAGGAGAUUAUUUACGGAUAGAAUUUUAACUAUGAUUCCUACUGUUGAAGAAAAAGCUGAAUUAAGAGAUCUUUUGUUAGAAAAUAAAGCUGAACAAGCUAAAAGAAUGAUUGAAAAAAAUAGAUCUUUACUUGCAGCAUUAGAUGAUACCGAAAGAGCACCAAUACAUUGGGCAGCCUCUGGAGGAUGCCAUCCAAUUGUUGAACUAAGUAUGAGAGAAACACCCCAUCUUACUGAUUCUUCUGAUGAUAGUGGUUGGACACCGUUAAUGAUAGCAGCUUCAGCUGGUAGAUAUGAAAUUGUAAAAACUCUUUUAACGUGCCCAAAUGUCAAUAUUAAUGCCCAAAAUAAACUUGGAUGUACACCAUUAAUUUAUGCUAUCUCAAAAAAAAGAAUAAAAAUUGGUGAUCUUUUAAUUGAAAAUGGAGCUGAUGUUAAUAUUCAAGAUAAUCUUGGUGGAUCACCUCUUCAUAGGGCAGCAGCUACAAAUAAUAUAGAAGGUUGUCUAUCAUUAUUAAAAAGUAUAAAGUUAAGAAUUGACAUAAUGGAUAAAUAUGGUAAUACACCUUUACAUGAAGCAGCAGCAGAAGGAAAUGAAGAAGUAGCAUUUUUACUUGCUAAAAAUGGAGCAAAUAUUGGUUUAUUGAAUCAGGAAGAUAAGACACCUAUAGAUGUAGCUAGAACAACAGAAUUGAUGAAAAAAUUGAAAAUUGUCGGUGAUCAAUGA